UCUCUUCCCCUCAACAACCACUCAAAAUCAAAAUCCUCCAACCUCCAUCUCUCUCUCUCUCUCUCUCUCUCUCUGCUAUGGCUGACACUGCAGUUGCCGAAGUGCCCACAAGGAAGGCAAGGACCAAUCGAAGGGCGCUCAAGGACAAAAACCCAUCUGGAAACGAAGCCAAUAUCCAGGCCGGCAAGGUCUCCGAACCCGAUCCCAGCCCGAUCCAAGCGGUAUCUCAAGCCGACCUGGCAAAGGAGAACCAUGAGAGCCUCUCUCACCCUCGCGCAUCCCCCAAGAAAUCGAAAUCGAAAUCGAAGGCCGCGGCCUCCAAGAAACAGUCCAAGGAGACCCAAUCGUCUUUCGAGAAAGAUCUGCAAGAAAUGCAAGAGAAGCUUCAGGAAAUGAGGCUUGAGAAGGAGAAGACUGAAGAGCUGUUGAAGGAGAAAGAUGAGAUCUUGAAGCUCAAGGAGGAAGAGCUUGAAACCAAGGGCCGAGAGCAAGACAAGCUUCAGAUGGAGUUGAAGAAGCUGCAGAAGCUGAAGGAGUUCAAACCCACCAUGGCAUUCCCAAUUGUUCAAUCACUGAACGACAAGAAAAAGAAGGGGUGUCCUGAAAAGAAAAGGCCAGCCCCUCCUUAUGUCCUAUGGUGCAAAGAUCAAUGGAAUGAGAUCAAGAAGGAGAACCCUGAGGCAGAGUUCAAAGAAAUCUCAAACAUUUUGGGGGCCAAGUGGAAGAACGUCACUGCUGAAGAGAAAAAGCCUUAUGAAGAGAGGUACCAGGCUGAGAAGGAAGCUUAUUUGCAAGUGACAGCAAAAGAGAAGCGCGAGAGUGAAGCAAUGCAUCUAUUGGAGGAGGAGCACAAGCAGAAGACAGCUAUGGAGUUGCUUGAACAAUACCUGCAGUUCAAACAAGAAGCAGAGAAAGACAACAAGAAAACCAAGAAAGAAAAGGAUCCAUUGAAACCCAAGCAACCGAUGUCAGCAUUUUUCCUGUUCACAAAUGAGAGGCGAGCAGCUCUGGUUGCAGAGAGCAAAACUGUCCCUGAGAUUGCAAAGAUCACAGGUGAAGAAUGGAAAAACAUGACAGAGAAACAAAAACGUCCAUACGAAGAGAUGGCAAAGAAGAACAAGGAGAAGUACAUGCAAGAGAUGGAGGUUUACAAACAGACGAAGGAAGAGGAAGCUUCCAGUCUUAAAAAGGGGCAAAAGCAUGAAGCCUUGCAGCUGCUUAAGAAGAAGGAGAAGACAGAAAACAUCAUUAAGAAAACAAAGGAGGAACAGAAGAAGAAGAAGGAAGAAAAGAAGAAUGCUGAUGAUCCCAACAAGCCCAAGAAGCCUGCCUCCUCAUACAUCUUGUUCAGCAAGGAGGCAAGAAAGAGUCUACUGGAGGAGAGACCAGGGACCAACAGCUCCACCAUCACUGCACUGAUUUCGGUGAAAUGGAAGGAAUUGAGUGAAGAAGAGAGGAAGCCUUGGAAUGACAAGGCUGCUGAAGCAAUGGAGGCAUACAAGAAGGAGCUAGAAGAAUACAACAAAAGUGUUGCUGCUUCUGCUGCUGCAACCUCUCUCUGUUGAUUCUCAUUCAUUCAUGCUCAAGUGUUUUUUGAGCACAUGUAGGUCAUGUCCAUCAGUUUGAUGGGCCUUAGGCGCCCUAAUCUGACUUUGAUCUCUGUAAUUUUUUUAAAAAUUUUCAACUUUGAUGUCAACUUUUAGCCUUGGCAAGAAUGAAUGAAUGGCCCUGUCUGUUUUUUUCAAUGAAGUAUUAUUGGCCA